CCCAAGACUUUAAAUACUGAGUUCGGCUUCCCUAGGUCAGCCUAGUGGUCUGGCUUCCCAGUCAACAUGAAGGCUUUCCUGAUUCUGGGGCUUCUCCUCCUUUCUGUCCUAGCCCAGGGCAAGGUCUAUGAAAGGUGUGAGUUGGCCAGAACUCUAAAAAGCCUGGGAAUGGAUGGCUACGAUGGAAUCAGUCUGGCAAACUGGGUGUGUUUGGCCCAGUGGGAGAGUAGUUACAACACCCAAGCUACAAACUACAACCCUUGGGACCAAAGUACGGACUAUGGAAUAUUUCAGAUCAAUAGUCACUACUGGUGUAAUGAUGGAAAAACCCCUGGAGCAGUUAAUGCCUGUGGUAUAUCCUGCAAUGCUUUGUUGCAAGAUGACAUCUCUCAAGCUGUAGCUUGUGCAAAGAGGGUUGUCAGAGACCCACAAGGCAUUAGAGCAUGGGUGGCGUGGAGAAAUCGUUGUGAAAACCAUGACCUCACUCAGUAUAUUCAGGGCUGUGGAGUGUAACUGCAAAAUUUUCCUUCUUCAGCUCAUUUUCUCUCUUUGCCACAUUAAAGAAUGAGUAGUUAAUUGAAAGGUCACACUCACAUUCUUGCCUCUUCAAACAAAUAGCAUUUUUGCAGAAGCAGGUACAAAAGAUAGCCUUUCUCCUGAGAGCCAUAAGGUUCACUAAUGUGUGUAUUAUUGAGUGGUGACUCCCCUUUUCAGCUUGCUAAUAAAGCUGGUGAUAAUUUAUCUACAACCUUCAUUAUCAACUAAUCUCCAGUACAUUCAGGUUUGCAUUAAAGAAAUAAUCCAGACUUCAUCUUAAAUGACACAAGUAUUUCCCAAUAUUACACAAAAAUAAAACAAAAGGCUAUCUUAAAAACAAUUGAUCUCAGGCAAACUCCAAGCCCUGUAGCAUCCAAUGCCUUCAGUCUCUAUAGUCAUCUCCAAAAAGAGGAAAAUUAACCACUCUCUUUGACAAUAUGAGAUUUUUAAAGGAGUGGAGAGCCCAUGCCUAAAAGGAAAGAGUGAAUGAAGAAUUUUGUUUGCACAAAACAUGUGACCUUUGGUUUAAGUACUCUCAUAAAAAUGUUCCAUUUAUGCAGCCUUACAGACAGACUCACAAUUUAUAUAUCAAUCUGUCUUAAACCUUUCAAGAACACUCACCUGCAUUUCACUGAUCUUGAAAGUAUUAAGGAGGGAUUAAAUGGACUGUUGCUCUUCCCCAAUUAUAUUGCUUGCAUUACUAAUUAACCACAAGAGUGAAAUUAUGCAUGCUGUAAACAUACAAAUGUCAUCAUUAAAGGGUUUGCAUUGCA